CUUCAUUUUAAUUAUAUGUGACUUUUCUGGCUAGAAAAAAAUUACUGCAUUUUAUGAAAUAGAGCUAGUUCUUGUAAAGUAUGUUUUUUUUUCUAAAUGUCAUCUAUUAAACGGAAAAGAGUUGAUGAUAAAAAUGAACAACCAACAAAUAUAAUAAUUAAACCAACCUGUACCAUUUGUCUUCAAGAAUAUACAAAUAGAACUUUUCUUCGACCUUGUUAUCAUUCUUAUUGUUUUCAGUGCAUUUGUCAUUGGAUCAACAUGGCAUCUUCAAUUUGUCCAAUCUGUAGACAGGCCAUUGAUUCUCUUGUAUAUAAUAUUGAUGAUGAAGAUAAUACGUUUGAUGAAUAUCAUUUAAAAGAUAAAGGAAACAAAGAAUUACAUGAACCACCACUUUAUAGACGUAAAUAUACAACGCCAGAAGAAAGACUUCGAAUAGAAAGAAAAAAUGUUUAUCUUGGUAAAGUUAAAGUGAAAAGUUAUCCUGAUCCAUUACCUCGAUAUCAAAGCCUAACUGUGAUUACACCCGAAAAUAUCCCAAGAGUAUUUAUUUAUUUAUUUAUUUUAUGUAUUUAUUUGAUUUACGUAUAAACUAACCAUUCUUAUUAGACGCGCAUAUUUUUACAGCAUGAACUAAAAAUCAUUCUUGGGCUAGAUGCCUUUGAUAAAUUCCUUGAAGAUCAUUUUAUAAAAAUAUUGCUUAUACCUUAUGAAACGAAUAAGACUAAAUCAUCCACUAGUAUAGAAGUGUAUGAUCCAUUUAUUAUACAUAAGUUAUCUGAAUGGUUAGAUGAUGAUGAAUCAGUUGCAACAAGACUCGUAAAUGAAUUAAUGGCAUAUUUAAAAUCAGGUCUUGCCUAUAAACAUUUUAUAUCUGCUACU